GCUCUGGAUGGCUUCGUGCUGGUGGUGACCUCAGAAGGACUGAUAUUUUACUCCUCCCACACCAUUCAGGACUAUCUGGGCUUUCACCAGACAGAUGUCCUACACCAGAACAUCUUCCAGCUGAUCCACACUGAGGACCAGCAGGAGUUCAGACGCAACCUCCACUGGGCCCUGGACCCACCCCACGUUCCUCAGGGUGAUCCUUCUCCAGAAGAGGGGAGAAGUCUCAGUUCUUCUGCUGUCACCUACAAACCACACCAGUUGCCCCCAACAAACUCCUCCUUCCUGGAGAGAAGCUUCGUCUGCCGCUUUCGUUGCCUCCUGGAUCACUCCUCUGGCUUCCUGGCUUUAAACCUCCAAGGCAGGCUGAAGUUGCUCCAGGGGCAGAACAGAAGAUCUGAGGAGGGGUCUUCUCUGCCCCCCCAGCUCGCCCUCUUUGCCAUCUCCACCCCUUUGCAGCCCCCCUCCAUCCUACAGAUCCGAACCAAGAACUUGAUCUUCAGGACCAAGCACAAGCUGGACUUCACCCCUUUGGCCUGUGAUGCCAA